GGGGGGGGGUCUUUGGGGCAGGGUCCGUCCCCUUUAAGGCCCCACGGGGCGUGGCGCAGCCGCUCACCUGGGCAGGUGACGGUGCCGGAGGUGACGGCGCCCGCUCGGGCGCCAUGGCCGCCUCCGCCCUCUUCAUCCUGGACCUGAAGGGGAAGCCUCUGAUCAGCCGUAACUACAAGGGGGACGUGGGGCUGGGGGAGAUCGAGAACUUCAUGGGGGUCCUGCAGCAGCGGGAGGAGGAGGGGACCCUCACCCCUGUCCUGACCUACGGCCACGUCCACUUCCUCUGGAUCAAACAUUCCAACCUCUACCUGGUGGCCACCACCAAGAAGAACGGGAACGCGUCCUUGGUCUUCUCCUUCCUCUACAAGGUGGUGGAGGUGUUCUGUGAGUAUUUCAAGGAGCUGGAGGAGGAGAGCGUCCGCGACAACUUCGUCAUCGUCUACGAGCUGCUGGACGAGCUGAUGGACUUCGGCUUCCCGCAGACCACCGACAGCAAAAUUCCUGCAGGAGUGAGCGUGGGGAGGGGUCUCUGGGGGGGCUGGGGUCCUGCCCAGAGCCCCCCCCCGGUGAUGGAAGGACCCCCCCUCAGGUACAUCACGCAGGAGGGGAACAAGCUGGACACGGGCAGGUCGCGGGUGCCCACCACGGUGACCAACGCCGUGUCCUGGCGCUCCGAGGGGAUCCGAUACAAGAAGAACGAGGUGUUCAUCGACGUCAUCGAGGCUGUCAACCUGCUGGUGAGCGCCAGCGGCAGCGUGGUGCUGAGCGAGGUGCUGGGCACGAUCAAGCUGAAGGUUUUCCUCUCGGGGAUGCCGGAGCUGCGCCUGGGCCUCAACGACCGCGUCCUCUUCGAGCUGACGGGCAGUGAGUGCCGGGCUGGGGGUCUCAGCCCCCUCCCCAUUUCCCCUCCUGAGCUUCCCCCGUCCCUCCCAGGGGGGAAGAACAAAUCGGUGGAGCUGGAGGAUGUGAAGUUCCACCAGUGCGUCCGUCUGUCCCGCUUCGACAACGACCGCACCAUCUCCUUCAUCCCCCCCGACGGCGACUUCGAGCUCAUGUCCUACCGCCUGCACACCCAGGUGAAGCCGCUCAUCUGGAUCGAGUCCAUCAUCGAGAAGUUCUCCCACAGCCGGGUGGAGAUCAUGGUCAAGGCCAAGGGCCAGUUCAAGAAGCAGUCGGUGGCCAACGGGGUGGAGAUCUCGGUGCCGGUGCCCAGCGACGCCGACUCCCCCAAAUUCAAGACCUCGGUGGGCUCGGCGCGGUACCUGCCCGAGAGGAACGUGGUGAUCUGGAGCAUCAAAUCCUUCCCCGGGGGGAAGGAGCACCUGAUGCGAGCUCACUUCGGGCUGCCCAGCGUGGAGAAGGAGGAAGAGGAGGGGCGGCCGCCCAUCGCUGUGCGCUUCGAGAUCCCCUAUUUCACCGUCUCGGGCAUCCAGGUGAGGUACAUGAAGAUCAUCGAGAAGAGCGGUUACCAGGCCCUGCCCUGGGUGCGCUACAUCACCCAGAGCGGGGAUUAUCAGAUCCGCACCAAUUGAGGGGGGGUCUCCCCUGGACCCCCCUGGACCCCCCUGGACCCCCCGUGGACCCCCCCCCACGCCCA